GAUUCUUCCUGUCAUUUCUAACAAUCUUAGACUUCAUCUGCCAAGAAACUUAACUAUAGAGGAUUUAAAACUGCAAUCCUGGAUUUUAUACUGGAAGACAAUAAGAUCAUGGAGAAUGGAAAAGAGGGUGAUGACAUGGAUGCAAUAGAGCUUCUUCAGUUUAAGGCAAUGUGGCUGGAGCUGAAGUCGGGAUUUGGUAGCGUGGCUGGAGAUGUUGCCAACCUACGGCAAAGCUACAGCCUACUGGAGGAGACAGUCUCCACCUAUCAACAAGAUAACAGCGAUAAGAUCCUGUGUCUCAGAAACACCCUCAACACCUUACAGGAGGACAUAAGCACUGCUCUUGCACAAGUCGCUGAGGUCAAGAGCAACCAGAAAGACCUACAUAGAGACCUCGACCGCAUACAGGUCACAUAUCACAGAAAAGGAUCUAGAGGGGAGGGAUCAGUGGAUGGCCACGCCUCUCUUUGCAGCCAGACAGACCUUAGUGGCAUUCAACAUUACAUCAGCAGCUUGUCAGCCAAUCAGAACGCAUAUCCUGAGCAUGACAGUGUUGGCCAAAAGAAGUCUCCCUUGUGGAGAGAAAGAAGAAACAGCAGAGAUUUGACCGAGCAGAACAUCUCAAGUUUAACUCAAAGGCAGGCAGCAGCCCUGGAGCUGUUAGAGUCCGAGAGACUCUAUGUGUCUUAUCUAUCACUCCUCUUAAAGGCCAACAUCACUUUUAAUGGCUCAGAGAGCAUCAACCUGAAGGACAAACGGUCUUUCCCAUCCUCUCUGCGUUUCCUUAUUCAGCAGCACCUGGAACUCCUGCACAUCCUCCAGGAGAGAGUUCUUAAGAGCCACUGGCAAGGCAUCAUGGGAGAUGUGUUCCUAAGGCUCACCAGCAAAGAAGUAAAAAAACAACUUUGUGACAAAAAUGUCUAUUUAAAUUUAAAUCAAAGCUAUGGAGUCAAAUGGAAAACAUCAGUUAGGAUGAGAUUCUUUCAUUGUCAGAGAAUUGGUAAAGUUAACCAUUGUGUAUGUGUGUUAUGCAUUGUGUAUGCAUUGAAUGUCUGUUAUGUGUGUUUGCAGAGUGAUUUUCUGGACCACUAUGUAUCAUAUUUAAGGGAACUGCCUGAGUGUUUAACAGUUAUCAGUUUGUUCUCCUCUUCAAAAGCCACCUUACUGGAGAGUGACAUCACCGGAGAUGAGACAUGCCAGUCGCUGUACUCUCUGCUUCUACAGCCUGUUCAACGUAUCCCAGAAUACCACACACUCCUGCAAAGUUUGUUGCAGCAGACAGAAUCUGAGCAUCCAGAUUAUUACCUGUUACUGGUGUGCGUACAACAACUCCGAUCUUUCACAACAUAUUACAGCCACCUGCUGCAACACAACCAGGAGCUGCUCACGCACAAUCAUGCCCUGCGAGAACACACACACAACCUGUGUACACACCAACAGGAGCGGCCUUCGCACAGCCGAAAAGAGCUCAGCAGGUCAACAGUAAGACAGCUGUAUAAAGUUGACCAUGAGACCUCAAAAAACUACAGCAUCACCAAUGCUGAUCCUUCUCAAGGUUUGCGGCGUAACAAACGCUACCCUGACUACGAAGCAUCGCCCUACAACUACGAUCCAGAAAUCCCAUCAUCUGUAUCUCUCCUUCCUGACUCUGAUUCUCGUCACAAACCAGUAUCAGUUCCUCUGCGCAGCAUUCCAGAAAGAGAGGGAGCCGGAUCAGCCCUCGCUGAAAAUCUGGGUGCACUCCUUUCAUAUGGAGGUGGAGAUGCUCGCUGCUCAAGUCCAUCCCAUUCCUCUGACUCCAGCAUUGAUAUCGCCUUUGUGCAAUGUAGCCCUUCCAACAGCCCCCCUCAUCAGUCCCAGAGCAGGGGGCGGAGCAGUGGGGGUGCGGCUUAUAGGUCUAACAGAAGCUGUGUGUCACCUGACUCAGCAGACAGUUUGAGACCUCACCCCCUACAGGCAGUACAGAGAAAAAGCAAGUCACUAAAUGGCCUGCAGAUGGACAGUGUUGAGAGCCACACCCAUCACAUGAGAAAUCCAGCCCAUCCAAAGCUGGAGCGUCAGUCAAGUGGCAAGACAAGACUGAGGCCUAGCAGUCCAAAACACAGAUAUGAGAUACACACCGACUUGGAGGACCAACCACGGUCGAUGCAUCAAAAGGACACCAAAAGCCUUGUGUGGGAGGACCUUAAAUUGAAGGGCGUGUCUGAUGACUAUGACCACACCCCUCUGGGUGAACAAAGUAGGAAAGAAGCAAAAGGAUUUAGGAACUCCUUCAAGAAGCUCUUUAAGAAAAAGUCUAGUGAUGGAAAAGAGAAGACAACUGUGAAAGCCGAGUGUGCGAGCAGCGGAGACGUGGAAUCUAACAGAGUCACUCACACAGGAGAUAUUGACAGAGGAACUGCUGUUUGAACAAACUCUUACAGAGGAGACAUAUUAGAACAUACACUGCCUUCAAGUCAUACAUUGACGUUAAUCACUCAAAUUAUUUUCUGACAUUAUUUACAACAUAAACUCACAUUUCUUUGGAGGGUGGGGGGGCUGAGAGAAAAAAAAAACAUUGACAUGACUACACACAAACGUUCACACAAAACUCCCAUGAAAUCAAAAUGGAAAUUUUUUGGGUUUGAGUUGUAUUAUGAACAUUUUAACCCCAUCAUUUUACGAUUGUACCCUAAAACAAGAUAUACAACUAAAAAAAAAUGUUGGGUUAUUUCAACCCAACAUGGGUCAAAAAUGGACAAACCCAACUGGUGGGUUAUUAAUUAACCUAUGCAGGGUUGUUUUAACCCAUUGUUGAGUCUAAUAUAACCAUAUUCUGGGUUAAUAUAACGCAAUAGUUGAGUUUGUCCAUUUUUGACCUAACGAUGGGUUCAUAAUAAUCCAUAAUUUUUUAGAGUGAAGUAUUCAAAACUCUCACUUCCAACAGGACAGUCAAACAAUUUUAUGACAUGAUUCUGCACUUCAGCGUCUAAUCAAAUAUCAGGCUGUGAAGUAAAUGAAAUGCUUUUUAAAAAGGGGAGGAGCCACCCAAUAUGUCCCACCUUAAUUUCAUAUAUGUGACUAUGGACAACGAAACCAGUCUUAAGGCUAUUUUUAAAAUAAGCUUUCUAUUGAUAUAUGUAUUGUUAGGAUAGGACACUAUCUGGCGGAACAACUGUUAACAAAAGUGGGAUCUGAGGGUGCAAAAAAAGCAAAAUAAUGAGAAAAUCGCCUUGGAAAUUGAUAAUCUGAGGCACUCCUAGCAGGCCAUCCACUUACAAAAUGAAAGUUUUUAUACAUUUACGGUAGGAAAUUUAUGUAACAUAAUCUUUAAUUAAUAUCCAAUGAUUUUUGGCAUAAAGAAAAAUCAGUAAUUUUUACCCCUAGAAUGUAUUUUUGGAGAUUACUAAAAAUGUUCCCAUAAUACUUAAGACUGUUUUUGUUGUCCAGGGUCACAUAUCUCUUUAAUCUCUUGUACAGCUGGACCACAGUGAUGCAGCAUGGUAUCUGAUAAAAACGACAAUAUUGAUUAUUUUUUAUCAGAAUACUUCUAAAGAUAUAAAUUAUGUUAUGUCUAUGUCUUACUUUCCAUAUAUGA